UCCCCCUAAUUGAUAUUAUUGGAGUGUGGAGCAAGCGGCCGGUCUGCAGUCGGAGACUUGCAGGCAGCAAACACGGUGCGAAUGUACCGGAGGGGGGAGAGAAAUCAAACAGCUAAGCGUGGAGCAGCCGGCCUGGGACCCAGAAGGGGAUCGAUGCGAGGAGAGCAAUAAUAAAAACAAUAAUAACCCACUUCGGAGCAAACAGCAUCUAAAGAGCUGCGACCCAACUGCAGCCUAAAAUCAAACCUGCUCAUGCACCAUGGUUUUUCAAACUCGGUACCCUUCGUGGAUUAUUUUGUGCUACAUCUGGCUGCUCGGCUUUGCACACACGGGGGAGGCGCAGGCUGCGAAGGAAGUACUCUUACUGGACUCUAAAGCACAGCAAACAGAAUUGGAAUGGAUUUCCUCUCCACCCAGUGGGUGGGAAGAAAUUAGUGGUUUGGAUGAGAACUACACUCCGAUAAGAACGUACCAGGUGUGCCAGGUCAUGGAGCCCAACCAGAACAACUGGCUGCGGACUAACUGGAUUUCUAAAGGCAACGCACAAAGGAUUUUUGUAGAAUUGAAAUUCACCUUGAGGGAUUGUAAUAGUCUUCCCGGAGUACUGGGAACUUGCAAGGAAACCUUUAAUUUGUACUAUUAUGAAACAGACUACGACACCGGCAGGAAUAUCAGAGAAAACCUUUACGUAAAAAUAGACACCAUUGCUGCAGAUGAGAGUUUUACACAAGGUGACCUUGGUGAAAGAAAGAUGAAGCUGAACACUGAGGUGAGAGAGAUUGGACCUUUGUCCAAAAAGGGAUUCUAUCUUGCCUUUCAGGAUGUAGGGGCUUGCAUAGCAUUGGUUUCUGUCAAAGUAUACUACAAGAAGUGCUGGUCCAUUAUUGAGAACUUAGCUGUCUUUCCAGAUACAGUGACUGGUUCAGAAUUUUCCUCCUUAGUUGAGGUUCGUGGGACAUGUGUCAGCAGUGCCGAGGAAGAGGCAGAAAAUUCACCCAGGAUGCAUUGCAGUGCGGAAGGAGAGUGGUUAGUACCCAUUGGAAAAUGUAUCUGCAAAGCAGGCUAUCAGCAAAAAGGGGACACAUGUGAACCCUGUGGCCGCAGGUUCUACAAAUCUUCCUCCCAAGAUCUUCAGUGUUCCCGUUGUCCAACCCACAGUUUCUCUGACCGGGAAGGUUCCUCAAGAUGCGAAUGUGAAGAUGGGUACUACAGAGCUCCUUCGGACCCUCCCUAUGUUGCAUGCACAAGGCCUCCCUCUGCACCACAGAACCUUAUUUUCAACAUCAAUCAAACCACUGUAAGUCUGGAAUGGAGUCCUCCAGCAGACAACGGGGGAAGAAAUGAUGUCACCUACAGAAUAUUGUGUAAGCGGUGCAGUUGGGAGCAAGGCGAAUGUGUUCCAUGUGGAAGUAACAUUGGAUACAUGCCCCAACAGACGGGAUUGGAGGAUAACUAUGUCACUGUCAUGGACCUGCUUGCCCAUGCAAAUUACACUUUCGAAGUCGAAGCUGUGAAUGGAGUUUCUGACUUAAGCCGAUCGCAGAGGCUCUUUGCAGCUGUUAGCGUCACCACUGGUCAAGCAGCUCCCUCGCAAGUGAGUGGAGUGAUGAAGGAGCGGGUGCUGCAGCGGAGUGUGGAGCUUUCCUGGCAGGAACCAGAGCAUCCCAAUGGAGUCAUCACCGAAUAUGAAAUCAAGUAUUACGAGAAAGAUCAAAGAGAAAGGACCUACUCAACACUGAAAACCAAGUCCACCUCAGCCUCCAUUAAUAAUCUGAAGCCAGGAACAGUGUAUGUUUUUCAGAUCCGAGCUUUCACUGCUGCAGGUUAUGGAAAUUAUAGCCCCAGACUUGAUGUUGCCACACUAGAGGAAGCUACAGGUAAAAUGUUUGAAGCAACAGCAGUCUCCAGUGAGCAGAAUCCUGUUAUCAUAAUCGCUGUGGUGGCUGUAGCAGGGACCAUCAUCUUGGUGUUCAUGGUGUUCGGCUUCAUCAUUGGAAGAAGGCACUGUGGUUAUAGCAAGGCUGACCAAGAAGGGGAUGAAGAACUCUACUUUCAUUUUAAAUUUCCAGGCACCAAAACCUACAUUGACCCUGAAACCUAUGAGGACCCAAAUAGAGCUGUCCAUCAAUUCGCCAAGGAGCUAGAUGCCUCCUGUAUUAAAAUUGAGCGUGUGAUUGGUGCAGGAGAAUUUGGAGAAGUUUGCAGUGGUCGUUUGAAACUUCCAGGGAAAAGAGAUGUUGCCGUGGCCAUAAAAACUCUUAAAGCUGGUUACACAGAAAAACAAAGAAGGGACUUUUUAUGCGAAGCCAGCAUCAUGGGGCAGUUUGACCACCCAAAUGUCGUCCAUUUGGAAGGGGUUGUUACAAGAGGGAAGCCUGUCAUGAUUGUGAUCGAGUUCAUGGAAAAUGGAGCCCUGGAUGCAUUUCUCAGGAAACAUGAUGGGCAGUUCACAGUCAUUCAGUUAGUCGGAAUGCUGAGAGGAAUCGCGGCUGGAAUGAGAUAUUUGGCUGAUAUGGGAUAUGUUCACAGGGACCUUGCAGCUCGCAACAUUCUUGUCAACAGCAAUCUUGUUUGUAAAGUGUCAGAUUUUGGCCUGUCCCGGGUUAUAGAGGAUGAUCCCGAAGCUGUCUAUACAACUACUGGAGGAAAAAUUCCGGUAAGGUGGACUGCACCUGAAGCCAUUCAAUACCGGAAAUUCACCUCAGCCAGUGAUGUGUGGAGCUAUGGGAUUGUCAUGUGGGAAGUAAUGUCUUACGGAGAACGACCUUACUGGGAUAUGUCGAAUCAAGAUGUCAUAAAAGCAAUAGAAGAAGGUUAUCGUUUACCAGCGCCCAUGGACUGCCCAGCUGGACUUCACCAGCUAAUGCUGGAUUGUUGGCAGAAAGAACGGGCAGAAAGGCCAAAGUUUGAACAGAUAGUUGGAAUUCUAGACAAAAUGAUUCGAAACCCAAGUAGUCUGAAAACGCCCCUGGGGACUUGUAGUAGGCCCAUAAGCCCCCUUCUGGAUCAGAGCACUCCGGACUUCACUGCCUUCUGUUCGGUUGGAGAAUGGCUGCAAGCUAUUAAGAUGGAAAGGUAUAAAGACAACUUCACAGCAGCCGGUUAUAACUCACUGGAGUCAGUGGCCAGGAUGACUAUUGAUGAUGUGAUGAGUUUAGGGAUCACACUGGUUGGCCAUCAAAAGAAGAUCAUGAGCAGCAUCCAGACUAUGCGAGCGCAAAUGCUGCAUUUACAUGGAACAGGCAUCCAAGUGUGACAUGCGGUUCUCCCUCACGUGGAGCUUAAGACUGCAGGAGAACUGUUCUGGCCUUCAGUAUAUGCAUAGAAUGCUGCUAGAAGACAGUUGAUAUACUGAGUCCUUCCUACAAUAAAGAGAAGAUUUUAGAAGCACCUACAGACUUGAACUCCUAAGUGCCACCAGAUUAUACAAAAAGGGAAUUUAGGAUCCACCACUGGUGGCCAGGAACACAGCAGUGACAAUAAACAAAGUACUACCUGAAAAACAUCCCAACACCUUGAGCUCUCGAACCUCCUUUUUAUCUUAUAGACUUUUUAAAAUGUACAUAAAGAAUUUAAGAAAGAAUAUAUUUGUCAAAUAAAAAUCAUGAUCUUAUUGUUAAAAUCAAUGAAAUAUUUUCCUUAAAUAUGUGAUUUCAGGCUCUUCUUUUCCAGAACCAUCUGUGUUUAUUCUGCAUAAGGACUUUGUUUUAGAAAGUUAUUUGUAGCUUUGGACCUUUUUAGUGUUAAAUUUAUGACACGUUACUACACUGGGUACCUUUGAAAGAAUCUCAAAAACAAAAUUAUGUGCAUAGUUGAGGAUAUGACUUUGUCAUUCAUGGCUUUGCUAUCCUUGCUGUGCCAUUUUGUUCUGUUUAACCAGUGAUGUUUUGAUAUUGUUUGCUGAUUGGCAGGUAGUUCAAAAUUGCAAGUUGCCAAGAGCUCUGAUAUUUUUAGCAGGAUUUUUUUUUUUUAAAUCAGACAACAUACUAACUUUUCAAUGAAAGAAAAAAGCAAUAAUUAUCCAUAAAUACUAUAAGGCACUUUUAACACAUUGUUUAUAGAGUGAUUUACUAGACAGAAUUUAAUAAAAAUGUCAAAUUCUAGGUUUAUGACUAUAAGACAGAAGACUGAGGCUUCAUCCGAAGAUGCUGGUGAAGGCGGGUCUGCAGGCCGGAGUUCUCCAGCAUUAGGGAAAACCUGGUCCGAGCACAUCCAGAGUUUUCAGACUUGUGACAUUAAGAAAUUUAGGAGUUGACCUAUAUUUUGUAUUCUUUCUUGUUGAAUGCAGUCCAAAUACAAAAGUAAAGAAUUCAGUCGUCUAUUGUUACUCUGAAGCAAGAUCAAUGGGGCAGUUCACUUCUCACCACUCAAAGACAAAUUUACCACAGAGACUUCAGUGAGAAGCAGAGUGAAGCAGGUAUUUUGUGUAUGAACACACAAACACACACACACACCACACACAGACACAUACAACACACAAAACUCUUUUAGAUCAAAACUCUUACCACAGAAGGAAGAAGUAAAGGGUCUGGCUUUUCUGUUUUCCACUUAUUUAUUAAACCAUAUUCUUUGGUUACUGUGUUAGGAUUUCAUAAGCAAUAAUUAAAUGUGUCUUUAUAGAUAUUUCAGGAAUGUAUACAUAUUUGAGUAAUGUUUUCAAAAGUUACAAAGAAUCAUGAACUACCCCAAACCGAACUGUUGUACUUCCAAAGAAAAUUGGGCUGUUUAUAAUGAUUUUCGUAGCGAAAGAUCCCAGGGAUCGGUCCUAAUUGGUGUUGUUUGGUAAUGUGGACAUCCACAAACAAACAGACAAACAGGUAACAAGCAAAAUCUGUAAAUGUUCCUUUGUAAAACUUGUAAAUUUUAUUUCUACCGUCUUGUUUUGUAUGCACAUUUCUCGGUAGUAGCUCUGAGUACAUUGAAAAUGCACUAUAUUUUUCUAUUUUACUUGCAGAGCUUCACAAAGAAACAGGUAUUUUCAGUGCUACAUGAUGUGUUCUCCCACAUUUAGGACCAAAGAUGGCUAUAGAAAACUUAAAUGGAUUGCUUCCCAAACCCCUCCCCACCCGUUUUUCUUUUUAAAAUCACUGUACAGUGUUAUUUGAUAUUUUAAUUUAUUUUUUGAUUGAGUAGAAAAACUCAUUUUAAUUUCACUAAGAUGUUUUUUCGUCCCUAAGGAAAAAAAAUAAUCUGUAAAAAUAGUUUUAAUUAGCAUAAUCCAGUCACCUAGACACUUCCAUUUGUAAUCUUUGUAAUAGACUGUAAAUAUAUUUUUGGAACUAUAACACAA